UCGCACGGUCAUUCUGCUGUGACUUCCUCACGGCAACUCCCUUUCAUCAAAGCUUCUCGGCGAGAGCAAGGCAAGGGCGUGGCCAAGGACGCUCGUACUCGCUGGCGGUUUUAACCGUUCGAAACAUUCCGUUCCUUUCUGCCCUCGCCAUCUUCGUUGACGACCCGACCCAUGCGCAGGUUCAAGAAGAAGCUACGGAGUCGCGAGACUAGAGAUGCCGCCUACACCGCCGUCAGUGCCCUGAAACAGGCUCUUGACAUGUUCAAUGGUGUUGCCAGCAAUAUCCCUGUGCCGGGCUUGCAGGCUGGUGUUAGCGGUCUCUCGACGGUGUUGGACAUGGUUCAGGUAUGAGCU